CUGGUUUAUUUCUCUCGGUUGGUGCCAAUAAAAACAAUCAUGUAUCAUUUAUAUCACGCGCGUUCUGUUUUACAUGUUGUUUGCAUAUUCGAAAUACUGCGCGAAACGAAUGAAUGUUACGCGAAGGGUAUUAAUUACGAAUAUUACAUUUCUCGCCGAGUUGCGAUUAUAUAUAAACAUGUAUGCCGCAAUCGACGCUAAUUGCUGACGCUAAUAGUGUUAUUGUAUGGCCAUGACGGAAGCUGAUCUUCGUGGUAUACCAACGUGAACAUUUUCCCCCAAGAGGUUUCGAAAUUUUCUCUAAAUUAUGAUUAGCGUACUGAAUCGACAAGCUCUUCACGUUAUUAUGCGUAUCUCUAAUGAUUUCGUUACGUUACGCCGAUCUUGCUGUAUUCAUGUUAUACACACUCGCUUCAUUAUUUUGCCAUGUUUGGAGAUAGUUACGCGCAACAGGUACCAAAAGCACUCUGCUGCGACCAUCUCGCCGAACCGAUUCUUUUUCUCUUGACGUGCGAGCGUUGUAGUUUGCUGAACGAAGAUUAACAAGAUUAGAAAUAUUAUAAAAUAUCCCAAUAUUUUGAAUCACCUUCGUUAAAACCGAAAAAGUGCAAAAGAGUUGCGUAUGAGAGAUAUUCCAUAUUUUUCAUAAACAGUUAAUGUUUCAGUAUUGUCACUUUUCUAUUCAGACAAUCAGUAACAAAAUCCAUAUAUAUAAUAAUAACCCGUUGUAAUAACGUGUUGCGUAUAGUAACAUUAUUAUAUAGGUUUUAAUAUUAAUACUUGCGCUUCGCAUAAUAAAACUUCGUUAUGGCGAUUUCGUGAGAAGAUACAAUCGUAAGAAACAGUCGAAGCGCCUUAUAGUCACGAAGUGAUUACUGUUGAUGGGGUUUCUUGGUGUAUAUAAAUCCUAUGUGCCGCUUAAACAAGAAGUACAGAUUGACAUAACUUAAGCUUUAAUAAAUAAUAGAAAAUGAAACCAUUGUGCUUUUCAUUGGUUCUCGCCGUAAUUUUCGUCUUGGCGAUCGUACACGCGGAAGCAAACCCGUUGUCCGAUCCUGAUGCCGAUGCUGAUGCUGAUGCCGUUGCCAAUGCCGUUGCCGAUGCCGUUGCCGAUGCUUCUGCCGCUGCCAAUGCCGAUGCCGAUCCAGGAUUUUGGAAGAGACUUAAAUAUAAGACCAGGGAUAUAUACUACAAAUUAAAAAAUAAAUUCCACUCGUCGGGAAGAAAUUGCUCACAACAUGAACAGGAACAGGUCAAUAGAAAAGCAGAACGAUAAAAAACUAACAUAGGAAUGAAUAUGUAUCUUUUAAAAAAUGUUAUUUGAGAUAUAUUGUAUCUAUAACAAUUCUCUAUUGGGCAUGACAAAUAAUAAAUAAUCAUUUUUGCAACAAUA